AUGGCUGAUCCGCUCUAUGACCUCCUGAGGCCACAUCUGCCCACCAGCAGCGGCCUCAGUAAUUCAACAGCCGGUCCUCCCUCGCCAUCAAUAUCCAAAUAUCUAUCACGACUUGUAUCACUUCGUCUAGACGAUCUCACAACCACGGAACCAGAGUCUCUCGCUCAAGCGAACCAAUCCAACCUCGUGUCCAUCCAAGCAUUAAGUGCGCGCUCCCACCGCACGACGACAACAUCAUCCGACCACUUGUCUACGCUCCAGACAUCUCUGCCACAACUAUUAUCGUCCGUUGAAGCAAUCAGAGAAUCAAUCCCCGCCCUCGACGCCAGUGCCACCGGGUUCGCCAGCGCAUAUGACCGGUCGAAAGCCGAUGAAACUUCCGCCGGCGGCGGCAAUGCUCUCCUCGAAGCAAGACGCGAAGCUGCCCUUUUGGCCCGUCAAGCCGACAAAGUCCAAGAUAUUUUGGAACUUCCGUCUCUGCUGUCUGCUGCAAUCGCAUCUGCUGGCAGCAACAGCAGCACCAGCUCCGGCUCCAGCACGGCCGUACCAAGUGGCGCCGCCAAUUACUCCCAAGCACUAGACCUGUUCGCACACACCAAACGGCUACAAAUACUAUAUCCCGACUCUCAACUUGUUAGGUCCGUCGUUCUCGAAGCCGAGGUCGCAAUGCGAGAGAUGACGACGAAUCUCAUCGCUGGUCUCCGAUCGCAGAAUUUACGGCUUGCCGCCGCCAUCCGCAUGAUUGGGUGGUUGAGGCGUGUAGCGCCUGAAUUGAGUGGUCCAACAACAACGUCCCAACCCAAUAAACAACAACAAUACCCACAACAAACCAGAAUAUCAAAUCCAUCGACUACGACAGGCUCAGGAGCAGCAGCAGCUUCCAGUGGACGUGGACAUGGAAACCAAGACGAAGGCCACCUCGGAGCCCUAUUCCUCUGCGCCAGACUAUGUACCUUUCUGUACAUGACCGAAGCCUUGGCUCCGCUCCGCGAACUCGCCGAUCAAGAAACGGAAGCCAGGUUGAAGGACACCGAUCAACAUUCACAUCGACACUCCUCCUCCACAACAGUGUCAACACCAAAACAUUCCCGCACACGCACUCCCUCAUACACCUCCGCCUCUCACUCUUUCCAAGGUCAACAUACAGAACGCUAUUUGAAGCGAUACAUUGAAAUCUUCCGUGAACAAUCCUUCGCCACGAUCAGUAUGUAUCGUAAUAUUUUCCCGCAGGACGACAACGAUUUGUCAAACGAGUCCGCGGCCGAACAGAACCGAGAUGAUUCUCAAAGUGCCGGCGAGGCCGCCGUCCCCUCUUUAUCUCUCUGUCUCUCAUUACCACCAGCCCUCCAAUCCUUCCCGCUCCAUCUCGUCGAAAACUUGGUCGCUACGCUAAAACAAUACCUCCCCAACGUGACGGACCCGAGUGCACGCGAGAGUUUGCUCAUGCAAGUUCUCUAUGCGGCGAAUAGUUUGGGGAGGUUGGGUGCGGAUUUUAGUCUGGUUAUUGCUUUGCUUGAUGAGGAUGAGGCGGAGACGGAGACGGACGCUGAGGUUGAGACCGAGGCAGAUGUACAGGCCGCGGCAAGCGGAGAGGCAGAGGUUGAGCCCGACGCAGAGGCAGACGCAGACGCAGAGGCAAAAGCAGAGGCAAAAGAAGAGAGACAGGAACAAGAACGUAAACCUGGACACGAAUCGCAAGACGAUACCCAAGACCGAGACCACGAAGAAGAUAAAGAUAAAGAUACUCAAGCGGAACCUGAGCCCGGCAGAAUUGGUCAUGAAAAGGAUCAGGAAAGGCAAGGAGACGAAAACACAGCCACAGCCACAGCUACAGCUGCACCGUCUGAUAACGCUGACGGCAUUAGCACUCCUCAGCAUGAUGACCGACACCAACAAAAAGAAGACGAAGACGAACCCGAACCUGAACCCGAAUGGGUAUCAGUGAUUAAAAAACAUCGCGUCCAAGCGGCCCGGUUGGAAGCCCUUGCCGCGGGUCAAGAUCGGCUCGUUGGGGUGCAAAGGCGAGAAUCGGGAACAACAAUACCAGUAGAUAUUGCUGUUCGAUGA